CACAGGCAGAAGGACAGAGCCUUUUCGGACCCACAGCAGGCCUUGCAGGAGGCACUGUCCUUGCUGGGCAGUGAUGACUGGGAACGGAAGAAGAAGGGACUCUUGAACAUCACACUGCUGGCUGAGUCCCAUUCAGAAGUCCUGCUCUGUCGGCUUCGUGAGAUUUGCUUGGCAGUUACCAGAGAGGUGACCAACCUCCGGUCCAACGUGUCCUGCUCUGCAGUUGUCACUCUGGGAGAGCUCUUUGCGAUCUUGGGGAAGGACAUGGACUCCGAGGUGGAUCAGAUUGCUGCAGUCCUUCUCCACAUGUUGCGGAACUCCCCAGAGUUUAUUCAGAAGGCAGCCUGUCAGAGCCUGGGCAUGAUGGUAGAGAACGUGACUCCUACACGAGCAAUGACUGCUCUCCUGGACAAUGGAGUCAAGAGCCGCUACGUCCCGGCACGGAAGUGUACGGCCGAACUCCUCCUGUCCUUGAUGGAGAAAAUGGGAGUCACGAAGCUGGCAGGCACACCCAGGGCUGAGAGGCUGGCACAGGUGGCAGGGACACUUGCUCAGGACAGUCACAAGGACAUGAGCUGA